AUGCAAGGAGAUUCUACAGGAACAACCUUUUUCACUGAUCUUCAAGCUGCUUGGGAUCAACUGUUGAAUCUCAGGCCUUUGCCAAGCUGUUCAUGUGGCAAAUGCACUUGUGGAGUAAAUGAUAAGAUUACACAGCUUUAUCAUCAAGAUUCAAUAAUGCAGUUUCUCAAUGGAUUGAGUGAUUGCUAUUCACAAGCCAAGACUCAAAUCCUUAUGAUGGAGCUUGUUCCAUCAAUAGAUAAGGCUUUCUCAUUGGUAAUCCAGGAAGAAAGGCAAAGGUUUCCAACCUUUAAUGGUGCUCCUUCUGUUGAAUUAGCUGCACUUGCUGUUAAGAACCAAGUUUUCAAUCAAGGUUCUCCUUCAAACAACAGUAAUGGUAGAAAUUUCAAGGGCAAUGCUGGCAAAGGAAGACCUGUGUGCAGCCACUGUGGAAAGCUUGGUCACAUCAUGGAAAAAUGUUACAAGCUUGUUGGAUUUCCUCAAGGUUAUAAGCAAAAUGGAAGGAUGGCCAAGGUCAAUCAGGUUAUGGUUGAUGAUAAUCAAGGUCAAUUUGAGUUUGUGCAGCAGAAUAAUCCCUUUCCUUUCACUUCAGAGCAGUAUCAACAGUUGCUCUCUCUACUGAACUCUCAUGCAUCCACUUCUGGUAAUUCCAAUGAUGCUAUAGCCACAGCCAAUUUUGCCAUUUCAGGUAAUUUUUGUGACUCUUUUCAAGAUUUUGUUUGCUUAAGUAUGCAACAUUCCAUCUUUGCCAACAAUCCAGCCAGUAAAACAAUUUUUGAUAAACAAACUUGGGUCCUUGACACUGGGGCAACAGAUCACAUUGUCCAUUCUAUCAAAUUAUUCACUAAAAUCACUAGUUCUGUCUCAUCUUUUGUUCAACUACCUAAUGGUGAAAGAGUUGUUGUCACACACAUUGGCACCAUUCAAGUCACAGCUAGCCUUAUCCUUGAAAAUGUGUUAUGUGUUCUUGCUUUCACUUUCAAUCUGAUCUCUGACCUUUCUUGUUGGAAAACGAUUGGAGUGGGUAAACUACAUAACAACCUCUACUUGCUAUCUACAACUCCUUGCAAAUCUGAUUCUGCAGCAUCUUCCAUUUUAGAUUAUGUUUUUGGUACUUUUGUCAAUAAUGUUUCUAAUGUUCCUGUCAUAACCAAGCCAUUUCUUUGGCAUCUUAGACUAGGACAUGCUUCAGAUGCCAAACUUCAUGCUUUACAUGAUUGUAUUCCUGAUUUUAACACUAAAAUCAAGGCUAUUAGGACUGAUAAUGCUCAAGAAUUUACUCUAACAGAAUUUUAUGCUAAUCAUGGAAUUCUGCAUCAGCACUCUUGUGUAGCCACUCCACAACAAAAUUCAGUUGUGGAGAGGAAACACCAACACAUAUUGAGCAUUACAAGAGCCUUAAAGUUUCAGUCCAAUAUGCCUCUUACCUUUUGGGGUGAAUGUGUUUUAACUGCUGUGUAUAUUAUAAAUAGGUUACCUUCUUCUACUCUAGGCAACAAAACUCCCUUUGAGAAACUUUACAACAAAAUCCCUUCCUAUGAUCAUCUAAAGGUGUUUGGAUGCCUUUGUUUUGCCUCUACUUUGUCUCACAAUAGGUAUAAAUUUGAUCCUAGAUCCUUACCAUGUGUUUUUCUGGGCUAUCCUUAUGGGGUUAAAGGUUUCAAGGUGCUUGAUUUAGCUAGCAAGAAAAUAUUUGUCUCCAGGGAUGUUCUUUUUCAUGAGGCUGUCUUCCCUUAUAUAUCCUCCACAUAUUCUUCUUCCCCUCAUUCCACAAUCACUUUACCUCACCUUUUCCCUUCCCCGGACCCUUACAUUGACCCCUUACCUUUUGUUGCCACUCCUAUUAUUGAUCCCCAUACACCAAUACUUCCCACUACAGAUUCUACAUCUGUUUUGUCCAAUCCUGUCUUACCUCCCAAUACUUCAGAUUUAUCCAAUUCAAUACCUACAUCUGCACCUUCCCUUGAUACUAUUCCUCCUAAUUCUGCAGACCCCAUACUUGCUCCUAUUUCUGAUUCCAUUCCUAAUCCCAUACCUGCUUCCAUUCCUGCUUCACUUCCUGCUUCAAUACCUGUUUCUAUUCCUGCUUCCAUUCCAUCCUUAAGGAAAUCUACACGAAUCAGUAAAGCUCCUGCUUAUUUGCAAGAUUAUAAAUGCAGUAAUGUUGUUCAUGCUCAGUUUGAUCAUUCCAAUCUAGCCAUCAAGUUUGGUUCCAGCUCCUCCAUGUCAGGUACUAAGUAUCCUUUAUUUGAUUAUAUUGGUUCUUUUGGUCUAUCAUCCUCUUAUGCUCAUUUUUGUUCCCUAAUCACUGCUAUUUCUGAGCCUAAAUCCUAUUCUGAGGCUGUCAAAGAUCCUAAGUGGCAGAAUGCUAUGGCUGAUGAGAUUGCAGCUUUGGAAUCUAAUUAG